AUGUCUGGUCCAGUCUCGGACAGAGAUCCCCUUCUUCCGCAAGCUCGUCGCUCUCAAAGCAGAUGGCGGAGACCGCAUCCCCGUUGGCUUAUUCCUCUGGCACUCGUGGCGUCACUAGCACGUGGUCUUACUCUGGCCGCCCGUGUCCAGAUUGUGACAAGGCUCAGCUGUGAUGCGUUGCACCGGCCCAGCCGAGUCACUGCAGGCGACCUGCAGAUCACCUCGGACGACCUCACGGCACUCGCAAUCCCAACCAUUUGUUUCACCGACCCUGCAGUACUGGCCUCUGCUGCCCGAGUUCAGAUGCUGCUUACUGUUCUCUCAGGGGGUCUAGCCGCGUUCACGGCGGGUCGUUGGGGUAAAUUCAGCGAUAAAUCCGGUCGUACCAAGACGAUGAGUGCAGCGUUGCUCGGAUUAGUCAUGGCCGAAGCCAUUUACGCGUUGGUGUCCCUGCGACAUCUUCCGUUCAAGCGACGACAUGGACAUCGAUUACUCAUUCUGGCCCCGAUUCUCGAGGGCCUCUUUGGAUCCUGGCCCACACUGCAAGCGACCAUGAAUGCAUAUCUAUCGGAUAUCACCCCCAACGGGUCGACAUCGCGCAUGUUCUCGCGAUUCCUUGGCCUAUUAUACAUUGGCUUUGCCGUCGGACCUUCGGUGGCGUCGUUCAUCCUGCGACAGACUGUGACCAAGGAUCUUACCCCACUGUUCUAUCUCUCAUCUCUAUUCUACCUACUCAGCUUUCUGUUCAUCCUCGUCGUUGUCCCCGAGUCACUCCAAUCAUCCGACAAACAAGCACCAUCGACAAGCGACAUCCAGAUACCUGCUCGCCCAUUGAGCCCGCACUACGCACCUUAUGCACCCUUCUUGAAACUCCUUGCUCCUCUUGCCGCGCUUCGGCCUCGACGAGCAGGCGCAAUGCGCAAAGAUUACACCCUCACAAUCAUGGCUGUCUCCUAUUUCAUUUACCUCAUGUCGCUUGCACUGUAUCAAGUCAAAUAUUUAUAUGCCGAACAUGUGUUUUCCUGGGACGCUGAACGACUCGGAUACUACAUCUCAUAUAUGGGCUUUGCUCGCGCAAUCACGUUGCUUGUUUUGUUACCAAUGUGGGUCUUUGUAUUCCGCCCUCGACCUCUGCGCGGGCGUGCCUCAAUCUCUCCUCGUCGCGAGCUCUCUUUUGACCUCUCAUUGGUCCGAUUCUCCAUUUUCCUCGAUGUCCUCUCACACGGAGCCGUCGUACUGGCCCCAACGCAAUCGCAGUCGUGGUUCGUGCUGGCAACAACGCUGACUUCGCUCGGCUCGGCUUCCGUACCAUCUUACAGCUCUACCGUCUUGGGCUACGUCCGAUAUAGAACCGCACAAGGAGAACAGGCUGAAGAAGAGGACGUGGGGGCAUUGUUUGGCGCAUUGGCAACGCUCCAGUCACUCGGUCAGACCAUCAUUGGUCCGAUUCUAUUCGGAUUGGUGUCUAGCGCAACCGUCUCUCAAUACCCCAAGGGCAUUUUCGUUCUUGCAUUUGGGCUCGCAUCUGCAGCGCUCGUGCUGAUGCUGCUGACUCGGCCCCGGAAACGAGUCAUUCUUGUUGGCGCGAGAAAAGAUCCCAAAAGUCCGCGUGGACGUGGGCGUUCUGCGAUCCCCAAGGACAUUACCCCACCCACCUCAUAG